AUGUGUUCGAGAACGUCGAUUUUGCUGGCAUGUUAUAUAAUGAGUUUGUGGGUUUUCUUGAACGAUUCACACAAGAGAAGUGUGAGAAAGUUUAUUACUGUCAACCCGAUUUACAAAUCCCAGAAGGUUUUAACCUUGAUUUCAAAUGAACGUCAAUAUAAAGAAUUUAUAGACAUUGCUUAUGAAUGUGGAGUACAAGUUUCUGUUUACAUGGACCAUUUUGGUACUACUCUACAUGUAACGAAGGCAUAUGAAAAUGAAAAUGAGGAUAAUUGUUCGGUUAAGUCAAACAUAUCAAUCGAAGGGGAAGAAGGUAUUGACCAUACUGAAAUUAAGAUUCCACAAGAAAUCAAUAUGGAAGGAGUAACCUAUGAAGGAGUAAGUCAGGGUAAUGGAAAUGAGGAGGCCACAGAAGGUGAUCCAAAAGAUGAUAAAGAUGAUAAUGUCCCAGAUGUGAAAGGAAAACCGAUGUUUAAUGAAAACAUACCUUGGAAGAAGCAGUUGUCAAUUCUAGUAAAAGGUUAUUGGUUAAGUGUAGUAAUGGUUAAUGCACAAUUAGGCUUUGGGCAUCAUGGAUGA